CGCUUGAAGAUUUUACCUUUGAAAGUAAAAGUUCAAGAUCGCUUAUAUUUGUUGUCAAUUCUAGUGCUUUAACAGUCAAUUUGUUGCUUGUUGCCUAUUAUACUAUUCAUCAAUCUCAUUGAUGACUGUUUGAUAGGGAAUUGAACUGAAAAUGAAAUUUUGUUCUCCACUAGUCUGUUUCAAAUGAGUUAGUUACUCUGAGCUUCAUAUGAUCAUAUCUAUCCUUUAUUUAUGAAGCACCUCUUUGGUUUGAGUGGUUUUGUAUGUGACAAGAACAGAUAAAGAACCCAACGCUACAUUUUUCAAGAGAUAUGGGGGAGCUUGUAACUGAGAAGCAUGUCCAAUACAUUUUGUCAGUUGAAAAGAGGAAGGAUGACUUUAUAUCUGUUGCAAUGGAAUAUCUGAGAAUGAAUGGGGCAUACUGGGGAUUGACCACUCUAGAUCUUCUAGGGAAGCUUGAUGCUGUAGAUGUGGAUGAGGUUGUCUCAUGGAUCAUGAAAUGCCAGCACGAAUCAGGUGGGUUUGGUGGUAACAUUGGGCAUGACCCUCACAUACUGUAUACUUUAAGUGCUGUACAGGUUUUGGCCCUUUUUGACAAACUAAAUGUUCUUGACGUUGAGAAGGUGACUAAUUAUAUUGCUGGGUUGCAAAAUGAAGAUGGAUCAUUUUCAGGGGAUGAAUGGGGUGAAGUUGAUACACGGUUCUCUUACAUUGCUAUAUGUUGUCUCUCAAUAUUACAUCAUUUGAAUAAAAUCAAUGUGGAGAAGGCAGUGAGCUACAUCGUGAGUUGCAAAAAUUUGGACGGUGGAUUUGGAUGCACACCUGGUGGCGAGUCCCAUGCAGGUCAAAUUUUCUGUUGUGUGGGUGCACUUGCUAUAACGGGAUCAUUGCAUCAUAUUGACAAGGACCUUCUUGGGUGGUGGUUAUGCGAGCGGCAAGUUAAAGCAGGGGGUCUUAAUGGCCGUCCUGAGAAACUUCCUGAUGUUUGCUACUCAUGGUGGGUUCUUUCUAGCUUGAUCAUGAUAGACAGGGUUCAUUGGAUCAGCAAGGAAAAGCUUGUUAAGUUCAUCUUAGACUGCCAGGAUACAGAAAAUGGGGGUAUUUCUGAUAGGCCAGAUGAUGCUGUGGAUGUCUAUCACACCUACUUUGGAGUGGCUGGACUAUCACUUCUUGAAUAUCCAGGAUUGAAAGCAAUAGAUCCAGCUUAUGCUCUCCCUGUUGACGUUAUAAAUAGAAUUUUCUUUGGCAGAUGACUGAUUCUUUUAGAUUUCCUUCUACAUUUGGUACUUUUUUGUUUCUCUAAUGAUCUAUAUGUGAACAUUGUGUUGCUAAUAUGAUAUUGUCACUUCAUCAGAAA